UUCCAAAACGAUGUGUAGAAGAAGAAGAAGCUAAUUCACAAAGCUAGCCAACAAUGUAGCAGGAUGAGUUCUAAUAAAACUCAUUUAUAUUUUCUGUGCUGCAUAAAACGACAGAAGACCGGAAAGAAUAACUAAAAUAAUCCGGUUUUGCUGAGUGUUUGUGUGCGUGUCUGGUGUGUGUCUUGAGAAACUUUUCUCCCAUUUUAUUCAAACCGCUGCUGCACUGUAACCGAUCAUUUCUCAAGCCGCUGUUUGCUGCUUUGUGCCGCUGCUGCUCUCUGUUCUGAUAAUCAGCAUGGGAAUCAACGUGGCUGUGGGCUGCAUCGUGUCAUUCGUCCUCCUUGAUGUUGUCAACCCCACUGUCCAUUAUGCACAUGGAUCACAGCUGAGCACCUUCGCAGAGGAUGCCCUCAACUUUAACAUCCUUCAGUCUGCACUGGACAUCUGGGGGACAGUGCUGCUCCGAGCCUCCCUCCUGCUGGGAGCCUCUUUAGAGGUGACAUGGAACAAGGUGGACGGCCCGCAGAGGGUUGCUAAAUCCACCAGCCUUAUUCUCCUCAUCUGUCUGAUCGUCAUCACCUAUACACUGGCCAAGCUGCUGAUGCUGACUAAGGUGAGGACUUUGAGCAUCAAUGACCAGCCCUGGCUCUUGAGCCUGAUAUGUUGGACUUGUGCCUCUUCUCUGGGAGUAAUGCUGCUCUGGAGGUGGCUGGGGAAGGUUCCGGAGUCUGAGAGCAGUCUUAUUGGUGACAGCAGCAGCAGUAGUGGAGUCUUUUUGCAGGGGGUGUCAUUCCUCCUGCGUCCCGGAGAAGUGACUGCCCUUGUGGGACCUUCAGGCAGUGGGAAGAGCUCCUGUGUGAGUCUUCUGGAAAAUUUCUACCUUCCUCAGCAAGGCCAGGUGCUGCUGGAUGGAAAGCCUGUUCAAAGCUUUCAGCAUGACUACCUCCACUCCAAGGUGGCUCUUGUAGGUCAAGAGCCUGUGCUGUUUGCCCGCACAGUUGAGGAGAACAUUACCUAUGGCCUGACUGAUGUCCCCAGGGAGGCAGUGCUGCAGGCUGCCACCAAGGCUAAUGCUCAUGAUUUUAUUACCACUCUUCCUAAAGGCUAUGAAACAAGUGUUGGCGAGAAGGGCACACAGUUGUCAGGGGGACAGAAACAAAGGGUUGCCAUUGCAAGAGCUCUCAUCCGCAACCCUCGUGUUCUUGUCCUGGAUGAGGCCACUAGCGCUCUGGAUGCAGAAAGUGAACACAUUGUUCAGCAGGCUCUGAACAAUAUCCUGCGGGACCACACCGUGUUGGUGAUCGCCCAUCGGCUCAGCACAGUGGAGAAGGCAGACAACAUUAUUGUAAUUGACAGGGGCCACGUGGCAGAACAGGGAUCUCACAGUGAGCUGAUGGCCAGCGGCGGACUCUACUCUAAGCUGGUUCAGAGGCAGGUCCUGGGCAUCGAGACCGGGUCGGAGGUCCUACACUCACCACAAAACGCCAGCUGGAAGUCAGGUGGAGGACAGCAGUGGAGAGGACGAAGCAGCAGCAGCAGCCUGAGCGAGUCUGAGUGUAGUGUGCGUUACUGAGAACGACCUGCAGUGUGGAUGUGGCACUGGACUGUAAUUAAGUUAAAAAUACUGCAUUUGGGCCUGUAAUCUGUUGGAGAAAGACACAAGUUUUGUAGUUUUCCACCUGCACACCACCACAGUGGAUUUUAAAUUCGUCAGUAUGACACUGAUGUGCAGACUUUUAGCUUUAAUUCAGGGGGUUUCAUUGGCAAAACUUUGCCAUUAACAGAUUGACGGUUGCAUUAUGGGCAUUGUUUUAAUGCAGUUGUCUUAAUUGUUUUUUAAAGAAAGAAAGAAUUCUGUCAUCAUGCACUUUAAUUGUUUUGCUGUCUCUCUGAUAGGUUAAUUUAGGUUUUGCAGCCUAAUGAUGGCCUCCCUCACUUGCACUGACCUCUCUUUGGGUUCAUAUUUGAAAUUACAGUGAAAAGCUAUAAAAUACACAUUCAACACUUCAAAUCAAUUUCAGAUAUUACAUUGGUAAUGAAAUAGCAAGGGAACGGGCCUCAGCUGUCCAUGUUAGUGCUUGUACAGCCACAGGGACAAAAAAUGACAAAAAUUGUACGUCUCCAACAAAUUAUUAACCUAUGUGUUUCCGAACAUAUAAAACGGGGUGGGGACAAAUAAAACUUGAAUGAAUAGCCUGUUUGGCUAUUAUAUUAGCUUUAAGGAAAAUGUGUUGCUGUUGAUGUGCUACAAGAAAGGGAUGAUUGUAUUUUGUGUUUUUGUUUACCCCCACAUUACACUCCAGCAAUAAUUAUUAUUCUCUUGAAACUUCCUCAGGAUUUAGUUCUGCUGUUGUAUUGUUUUCACUGUAGCAGGCAUGGAGAUGCUGGUUUGGUUUUACUGUGUGGAGUAGAUGGUAUUAUUAGUAAAAAGAAAAGACCGGUGCCUUUGUCUGUGGAAUAGUGUGCAAUAAGAAUAUUAUAUGAUUGAAAAUGAAUAGCACUACAGAAACAUACUGCAAUUGUAUUUAACACUGACAAUGAAAAGUAAAUGUAGCUAAAUAAAGUAUUCCUUUAUUUUUGCAGACAUGUUCUUAUAUAUGUAUGUAUAUGUGGCAAGUGAAUAUAUUCUGUAUAUGAUGGUAAAAUCAUAUUUUUAAAUGGCAAUAAUGGAUCAUGAAAUAUGAAUCUUACAGUAUGUUGAUCUACGGUUUGUCUGUUGUAAUACUGGCAAUACAUCCUAAUUAACAUUCUGAAUUGUA